AGGGGGACACAGAGGAAGGAGAUGGGGAAGGGGGGUUGGUGUUUUGAAGGAAACUGAUGUGAGACAGCGAGAUGCCCGCAUCCUGACAGCGUGCAGAAGAACAGCAGAAGCAGACCGAGACUCAACAAACGGACCCUUCAAAGGAACAUCCAUCACCGUGACGACGAGAUGCAGACUUCCUCGUUCAGCCACCAGGUUGUAAUGGAGCCACAGGGUAAAGCACCACGCAGGAAGAGAGGAAGACCUCCAAUCCGCAAACUAGAGUUCCAGAAUUGCUGCGCCGAAACUCUGUCACCCCUCAAGAUUCCCAAGAAGAGAGGCAGAAAACCUGGUUUUAAGUUGAAGCCCAGGACGAUGAUGUCACUGGUGGGCAAUUCUCCUUCCAGCAGCACACUAGAACCGGAGAUGGGUUCAGUUCCACAGGACGCUGCCAUCGUCCCCCACUCGGUCACACCACAGGACCUCACAGCAGGAACAUUGAUGUCCGAUGACUUCUUAUGUGGUGCAGUUGACUCCAAGCGCUAUGACAUUGACCCAAGUGUCUCUGCCUUCACCGUCAUGUCAUCAACAAAAAACUCUUAUGGGUACCGCAGUGGAAACAGUUGUACUACUUCAAUGAGCAUGUGCAGACAAGCAUCGAGCCCAGGAAGCUUCCAGGAAGUAAACAGGAAGGUGUACAGCCAAGUACCAGAAGCUGCAGAAAGCAAACGCCCCACCGAUAAGGAUCCUUUGACCUGGGGUGUGGAAGAUGUGGUAUGGUUCAUUAAAGAUGCUGACCCUCAAGCCCUGGGACCUCAUGCUGAUACCUUCAGGAAGCAUGAGAUAGACGGAGACGCUCUGCUGUUACUCAAAAGCGAGACAAUGAUGAAGUAUCUGGGACUGAAGCUGGGACCUGCACUCAAGCUCUGCUACCACAUCGACAGACUGAAACAGAAUGGGAUGUGAUUGACUU